AUGAGGUCGAACGGGGGGAUCCACCAUCAUGCGGCCAAUCUGAAGCCAGUCCCGUUGCUGGCAACUUCCAAGGAAGGAACAGCAACCAUCGCCAUGGAAGCACUGCUCACAAGAGGCAGAGAGAUUCCUUUGGAUUCAAGUGAUUCCCAUUGCCCACAAGAAUGGGGCGUCUUCAUUUACCAGGUCGUCGGGUACACGAGUGACGAUAUCGUCGUUCGACGGGCGGCUCUGGCCCUUGGGUCAUCUGAGUUUGGUGAAUGGGAGACAUUUCCAGCCACAGAAGCCACAGGAGGGGACAGAGAGCGUGCGAGCGUCUGGGGCCAAGCGGAGAGGAUUGUUGAUGUUGUUGAUGUUGUUGUUGCGAGAGAUGGCAUGCCGACUUCGUCUUAUUAUCAAUCUGACUAA